CCCCGCGCACUUCUUAGGCGGAGCGGCUGAGCCGAGAGUGUGUGCGCGACCCCAGCCCGCUGCCUGGUACUUGGCUCAGCGAUUAGCUGCUCCACCGUGUUCCGCUGCCCGGGGUGGGCACCCGGAAACAUGAAUGUGCCCGCAACUCUGCCCCCCGGGGGCGAGGACACCACCUGGAGCCCCGGGAUCAAUGCCAGCCUUGCUCCGGAGGAGGAGGAGGAUACCGUGCGGUCCGACGGCACGGGGACAGCAGGCAUGGUCACUAUCCAGUGCAUUUAUGCCCUCGUGUGCCUGGUGGGCCUGGUGGGCAACGCCCUGGUCAUCUUCGUGAUCCUACGGUAUGCCAAGAUGAAGACGGCCACCAACAUCUACCUGCUCAACUUGGCUGUGGCUGAUGAGCUCUUUAUGCUCAGCGUGCCGUUCGUGGCCUCGGCGGCCGCCCUGCGCCACUGGCCCUUCGGGGCAGUGCUGUGCCGCGCAGUACUUAGCGUGGAUGGCCUUAAUAUGUUCACCAGUGUCUUCUGCCUCACCGUGCUCAGCGUGGACCGCUAUGUGGCUGUAGUGCAUCCUCUGCGCGCCGCCACCUACCGGCGGCCCAGCGUGGCCAAGCUAAUUAACCUGGGAGUGUGGCUAGCAUCUUUGCUGGUCACCCUGCCCAUUGCAGUCUUCGCUGACACCAGGCCAGCUCGUGGCGGUGAGGCCGUGGCUUGCAAUCUGCACUGGCCUCACCCAGCGUGGUCUGCGGUCUUCGUGAUCUAUACUUUUUUGUUGGGCUUCCUUCUCCCGGUUCUGGCCAUCGGGUUAUGCUACCUGCUUAUUGUGGGCAAGAUGCGUGCCGUGGCCCUGCGGGCUGGCUGGCAGCAGCGGAGGCGAUCAGAGAAGAAGAUCACCAGGCUCGUGCUGAUGGUGGUGACUGUCUUUGUGUUGUGCUGGAUGCCCUUCUAUGUGGUGCAGCUUCUGAACUUGUUUGUCACCAGCCUCGAUGCCACCGUCAACCAUGUGUCCCUCAUCCUCAGCUAUGCCAACAGCUGUGCCAACCCCAUUCUCUAUGGCUUCCUCUCUGACAACUUCCGGCGCUCUUUCCAGCGGGUUCUGUGCCUGCGCUGCUGUCUCCUGGAAACCACCAGUGGUGCCGAGGAAGAGCCCCUGGAAUACUACGCCACUGCUCUCAAAAGCAGAGGGGGUGCAGGAUGCAUAUGCCCUCCACUGCCCUGCCAGCAGGAGCCCGUGCAAGCAGAGCCUGGCUGCAAACAAGUCCCUUUCACCAAGACCACUACUUUUUGAAAACCACCAUCUCACCCUCCCUCAGUCCACCUGCAAGCAGGUCUGCACCACUCACUCAGUCCAGCAACUCCAAGAACAAUUCUUAUUUUCACUCAGCCAGUCCCUUCCAGCGGUCUGUGUGCUGUGUCCAGGAGCCUUGGGACUCCUGCUAGCUACUCUCCUAGGACUGGCUCCAAGGACUCCUCCAUGGGGGUAGGACUUCAUUGGGAAUUGGGCUAGAGUACCAGCCAUUCCUGGGCCUCUGGCAAUUUUUCAAGGGAUGGGAAGCAGGAAGUGGUCAAAAAGGAAUAUUUACCCUUAUGUGACUUGUGGCAGUGACUGCUUGGAAGAGCCAUGGGAGGGUGAGGUAGGCAGAGCCUGUACCCUCGGCAGGCUCUUUCCUAUAUGGUAUCAUAGUGAAUAUGGUGAGACAGGAGAGAAGAGAAGAUUCCUCUAAGUGCUUUCCCUCCAUGUCUGUGUGAGACUCUCGUUGUUAAGUGGGAUGUCUAUGGAACAGCCUAAUGUACUUGCUUUGUCACCCUACAAGUGUCUCUUAGUUGUCAAAGGGCCAGUAGCAGACUUCCUGUGAAUGUGAAAGGUUUAAAGAAACACUGUGUGUGUGUGUGUGUGUGUGUGUGUGUGUGUGUGUGUGUGUGUGUUGCAAAAACAUAAAACAUCUAGUCAGGAAUUAAAAGACAGAAAGGAUGAAAAUCUCAUCUGCUGCAAUUUUUUUCCACCUCUUUCCCUGGCUACUGGAAUAUGAAACUCGUGCUGUGAGGGGAGGGUGUCAGGAAAAGACCAGAGAACUAGGUGGAGGGGAAACAGACUGUGCUUUCACAUCAGAUGCUGGCUGCAGUGAAGAGCCAUCCAUGUGUGCCUGGUACUGAUCAGCUCCACUGAUCUUCCGCCUGAGGAAGACUCACAGCCUGUACAAGCUUUACUUCAGCUAUCGUAGUGGAGGGAGGCCAACAUAGGCUGCAUCUGAGUGAGCAGUGGAUGACCACAGCCCUGUUUAUACAGCAAAGGAUCCUGCUGAUUUCCACUGACCCUUUGCUGGUGGUACUAGAAUAAGCCAAGAGGGGCAGGAGGAAACCCAUGAUAGUCAGCUGGGAAGUUCCCACAGCUGUGUGGUGAGGGAGAGUAGUCCUUAAAA